CUCUUCUCUUCUAUCUCAGUUUGCUUACUACCCUACGUUUUUUUGUACUGUAGUACUGUAGAGCGUGAUCCGUUUCGUGUCGUAAGACUUAAAGAAUGCGUUACGUGGCCGCUUAUGUACUGGCUGUUCUUGGAGGCAAAGCCUCACCAAGACAGAAUGAUAUUGAGAAGGUCUUAUCAUCUGUUGGAAUUGAAACUGAUUCUGAAAAGUUGAAGAAAGUAAUUUCAGAAUUAAAUGGAAAGCCUAUUGACGAGUUGAUUACUAAAGGCAGGGAAAAAUUAUCAUCCAUGCCAGUUGGUGGAGCAGUUGCUGCAGCUGUUAUUCUUGCCAGUGAUGCAGCAGUUAUAAUAGAAGAGAAGAAAGAAGAGAAGAAACCCACCAAAGAAGAAUCUGAAUCAGAAGAUGACAUGGGCUUUGGCUUGUUCGACUAGAUUUUUCAUCUCGAAAUCAAACAACUUGAUUUAAGAAUAAAAUAUGCCAUAUUUAGCAGUAGUGAGUGAAAUCCAAUAAAUUUUUAUAUUGUAUAAAGUAUAUUAAAUUUGUACCACUAUACCACUACUGAGGAAUAAAGCAUAUUUAACUGAA